AGGUGGGAGCAUUUCCAGCAGGUAGGCCCGGGCAGAGGGGCACCAACGGGGUGGAGAGGGGUUGCUCCUAGCCCAGGCGAGUCCCAGAGCAGAGACCAGCAGAACUGGGGGAGCAGCCACCAGCCCAGCAGGAUGGACAACAGCAAAGGCCUCCCAGCCAUCGACAGCCACAGAGACCUCCACAUAUGGAUCAUUCAGAACCUGAAGAUGGUUCCAGUACCUGAGAAGGCUUAUGGGAACUUCUUUGAGAAACACUGUUAUAUCAUCCUCCACGUCCCCCAGAGCCCAAAGGCCACACAGGAGGCAUCCAGUGACCUGCACUACUGGAUCGGGAAGGAGGCAGGUGCUGAGGCUCAGGCAGCUGCAGGCACCUUUGUGCAGCGCCUGCAAGAAGAGCUAGGGGACUGGACAGUGCAACACCGGGAAGUGCAGGGCCAUGAGUCCGACUGUUUCCACAGCUACUUCCACCCCGGAGUCAUCUACAGGAAGGGAGGCCUAGCCUCUGACCUCAAGCAUGUGGAGACCAACAUGUACAACAUCCAGCGACUGCUGCACAUCAAAGCGAGGAAGCAUGUGUCUGCCACUGAGGUGGAGCUGUCCUGGAACAGCUUUAAUAAGGGUGACAUCUUCCUGUUGGACCUGGGCAUGGUGAUGAUUCAGUGGAAUGGGUCCAAGAUCAGCAUUUCUGAGAAGUCUCGGGGCCUGCUCCUCACCUGCAGCAUCCGGGACAGGGAACGUGGAGGUCGCGCACAGAUCAGCGUGGUGGAUGAACAAGUUGAAGCCACUGACCUCAUGCAUAUCAUGGAGGCUGUGCUGGGUCGUAGAGUGGGCAGUCUGCAUGCAGCCGUACCCAGCAAGAGUAUUAACCAGCUGCAGAAGGCCAAUGUCCGCCUCUACCAUGUCUACGAGAAAGGCAAGGACUUGGUGAUACAGGAACUGGCGACCCGCCCCCUGACCCAGGACCUGCUGCAGGAGGAGGAUUGCUACAUCCUGGACCAGGGUGGCUUCAAGAUCUACUUAUGGCAGGGACGUAUGUCCAACCUUGAGGAGAAAAAGGCUGCCUUCAGCAGGGCUGUGGGCUUCAUCCAGGCCAAGGGCUACCCGACCUACACCAGCGUGGAGGUGGUGAACGACGGCGCCGAGUCCGCCGCCUUCAAGCAGAUCUUCCGAACGUGGUCUCGCGAGCGGGGCAGGAAAAAACUCCACGGGACCGGUAAAUCGAUUCAGGUAAAGCUGGACGUGGGCAAGCUGCACAGCCAGCCAGAGCUAGCGGCCCAGCUCAGGAUGGUGGACGACGGCUCUGGGAAGGUGGAGGUGUGGUGCAUCCAGGACUCAUGCAGGCAGCCCGUGGACUCCAAGCAGCAUGGACAGUUGUGCUCAAACAGCUGCUACCUUGUCCUCUACACAUACCAGAAACUGGGCCGCAGCCAGUACAUCCUGUACCUAUGGCAGGGCCACCAGGCCACAGCAGAAGAGACCAAGGCCCUGAACUGUAACGCUGAGGAGCUGGACCACAUGUACCAGGGAGCUCUGGUACGGGAGUAUGUGACAAUGGGCAGCGAGCCCCCGCACUUCCUUGCCAUCUUCCAGGGUCAGCUGGUGGUCUUCCAGGGGAGCACUGAGCACAACAGGAAGGGGCAGCCAGCCUCUGGCCCCAGGCUCUUCCACGUGCAAGGCUCUGACAGCUGCGACACCAGGACCAUGGAGGUGCCGGCUCGAGCCUCAUCCCUCAACUCCAGUGAUGUCUUCUUGCUGGUCACGGCCGGGGUCUGCUACCUCUGGUUUGGGAAGGGCUGUAAUGGUGACCAGCGUGAGAUGGCUCGGACGGUGGCCACUUUCAUUUCCAUCAAUGACAAGGAAAUGGUGCUGGAGGGUCAGGAGCCUCCAAACUUCUGGGAGGCCCUGGGGGGCCGGGCCCCCUAUCCUAGCAGCAAGAGGCUCCCCGAGGAGGCCGCCAGCUCCCAGCCACGAUUGUUUGAGUGCUGCCGCCAGGCGGGCUGCUUGGUCCUCACGGAAGUGGUGUUCUUCAGUCAAGGGGAUCUGGACAAGUAUGACAUCAUGUUACUGGACACCUGGCAGGAGAUAUUCCUGUGGCUUGGUGCUGCUGCCAGUGAGCGGAAGGAGGCGGUGGCCUGGGGCCAGGAGUACCUGAAGACCCAUCCAGCAGGGAGAAGCCUGGCCACUCCCAUUGUGCUGGUCAAUCAAGGCCAUGAGCCUCCCACUUUCACCGGAUGGUUCUCCACCUGGGACCCCUACAAGUGGUCGAACAACCAGCCCUAUGAGGAGGUGGUGGAGGGUGGGAUCUCCUGCUUGGGAGCAGACUCUGCCAUCUCUGGGAUAACAGCAGAAGUCAACAAUUUCCAGCUAUCCCAGUGGCCAGGUGUCAGCAGGGCAGGUCCAUCAGCCCUGCCAGCCGUCAGAGACACCCAGGACAUCUCGGAGAUGGAGUUGGGGCCCAGGGUAGGCGGCAGGAGUGCCGGCCUCGGCAUCGGCGGCAGCAGCAACAGCAGCAGCAGCGUCAGCUUGGCAGACAGUGGGAGCCUGCCCCCAGAACGGCUGAGGUACCAGGCCGCUGAGAACCUACCACAGGGUGUGGACCCCACCCGCAAGGAGUUCUAUCUCUCAGACGCUGACUUCCGAGACAUCUUUGGGACGUCCAAGAAGGAGUUCUACAGCAUGGCCAAGUGGAAGCAGCAGCAGGAGAAAAAGAGACUGGGCUUCUUCUGAGUCCUGGGGGGCUCUGCUCAUGCCCCCAGGCCUCUCCCCUUUGCCAAUAAAAGAGAGCCA